UGCUACAAAAGCAACAGAGCCAUUCAGUCACCUCCUGGAUUACAGCCUUUAUAGCCUUCCUCCAUUCAGUCACCUCCUGGAUUACAGCCUUUAUAGCCUUCCUCCAUUCAGUCACCUCCUGGAUUACAGCCUUUAUAGCCUUCCUCCAUUCAGUCACCUCCUGGAUUACAGCCUUUAUAGCCUUCCUCCAUUCAGUCACCUCCUGGAUUACAGCCUUUAUAGCCUUCCUCCAUUCAGUCACUUCAAGGUCUGACAGUGAGAACAACAUACUCCUAUGAGCAUCAACCCCACUACUAGAUGAAGAGAACUCCCUCGCUGCAGGGCCAAUGUAGCAAACCAUAUGUCAGACAGAGUGUUGUGAGCAGUAGCUCUGUGUUAUGAGCGAGGGUUAUUGACGUGAUGUCUAAGCAGCAUCCUCCUAUCAAGGACUCAGAGGGACUUCACCUCUCCCCUCACCAUUCCCCCCCACUCUCCCCCGUGUCCCCCAAGCCCGCUCCUCUCUCCCCACUUCACUCCCCCGUGUCCCCCAGGCCCAAUCCUCUCUCCCCUGUCCACCAGCCCCUCUUCUCCCAAACUCAGCUCCCCUUCCCUCAGCCCUUCUCCCCCCUCUCUCAGCCCCAGGACCUAGUAGAGACAGACAUCCCUUCUGAUGUGAACACAUGUCAGUUACUGUCUCCCCUCUCCCAGCCCUCCCUACAAUAUAGCUACCAGGGCUAUACCCAGGACCAGUCAUACCAGCAGACAGAGACCCACCCUGACCCAGAAACUCUGCAGGACUACCACGACCAUGGCUCCCAAACUAACCUCAACAAACAUCAGCUGGACCGGGGGAAGAACCACCAGCUGGACCAGCAGACUAACACCAGCAACAGAAACCACCAGAGGCAGCUCAAGACCCACAAGAUCCAUCAGACUCCCAACAGCUAUCAGGAUCCCCUACUGGACUCCCAGACCAUGUACAGCAACCAGCAGAACCAGCAGAACCAUCACAUGAAACAGCAGUCUCUGGACCUUCAGACUCAACUGGACCUUCAGAACUGCAACCACCAUCAGAGCCAGCAGAUGGAGGUGGACCAUCAUCAACAUCAGUCUCUCCAGAGCCAGCUACAGAACCAGUCUCUCCAGAGCCAGCUACAGAACCAGGUGGACCAUCAUCAACAUCAGUCUGUCCAGAGCCAGCUACAGAACCAGGUGGAUCAUCAUCAACAUCAGUCUCUCCAGAGCCAGCUACAGAACCAGGUGGACCAUCAUCACCAUCAGUCUGUCCAGAGCCAGCUACAGAACCAGGUGGACCAUCAUCAACAUCAGCCUCUCCAGAGCCAGCUACAGAACCAGGUGGACCAUCAUCAACAUCAGCCUCUCCAGAGCCAGCUACAGAACCAGGUGGACCAUCAACAACAUCAGCCUCUCCAGAGCCAGCUACAGAACCAGGUGGACCAUCAUCACCAUCAGUCUCUCCAGAGCCAGCUACAGAACCAGGUGGACCAUCAUCAACAUCAGUCUCUCCAGAGCGAGCUACAGAACCAGGUGGACCAUCAUCAACAUCAGUCUCUCCAGAGCCAGCUACUGAACCAGGUGGACCAUCAUCAACAUCAGUCUCUCCAGAGCGAGCUACAGAACCAGGUGGCCCAUCAUCAACAUCAGUCUGUCGAGAGCCAGCUACUGAACCAGGUGGACCAUCAUCAACAUCAGUCUCUCCAGAGCCAGCUACAGAACCAGGUGGACCAUCAUCAACAUCAGUCUGUCGAGAGCCAGCUACUGAACCAGGUGGACCAUCAUCAACAUCAGUCUCUCCAGAGCCAGCUACAGAACCAGGUGGACCAUCAUCAACAUCAGUCUGUCCAGAGCCAGCUGGACCAUCAUCAACAUCAGUCUGUCCAGAGCCAGCUGGACCAUCAUCAACAUCAGUCUGUCCAGAGCCAGCUACAGAGCCAGCUGGACCAUCACCAGCAUCAGUCUGUCCAGAGCCAGCUGGACCAUCAUCAACAUCAGUCUGUCCAGAGCCAGCUGGACCAUCACCAGCAUCAGUCUGUCCAGAGCCAGCUGGACCAUCACCAACAUCAGUCUGUCCAGAGCCAGCUACAGAGCCAGCUGGACCAUCACCAACAUCAGUCUGUCCAGAGCCAGCUAAAGAUCCAGAAGCACCAGGUCAGACUCCACAUCCUAGCCCAGCUCCAGAGACAAGAACAAGGACAGGGAGGGGGCUACUGUCCCCCACAGCCCCCUUCACAGAACCACAGUCACAUCCAGCAGCACACACACAUCUCCUACACUCAAACACAGACCCACGCACAAAGCUCCUAUCUGUACACACAGGCCCACGCAGACCAACAACCAAGCCCCUGUUUGUACACACAGCCAGCACAGAGCCCUCUAACCUCUGUGGAACCCACCUCACCCUGGUACCCUGGUCCCCAGUCUUACUCCAACCCUUUCCCUCACUUCCACUCCCAUCCCAACUCUAACUUUAACUCUCACCCUCAAUCCAACCCCAGCACUCAGCCCCAUCUUCAAUCCAAGUACAGCCUCCUCCCCAACCCCAACCCUAACUACAGCCCCAACCCCAACCCUAACUACAGCCCCAACCCCAACCCUAACUACAGCCCCAACCCUAACCCUACCUACAGCCCCAACCCCAGCCCCAACCCUACCUACACCCUCAAUCCAGCCCCAUACCCCAUCCUAACCAGCCCGGCCCAAGCCCUUCCUAUAUUCCCUACCCAAACCCUAGCCCUAGAUGCAGCCCUCUCUACCUCUCUCCCCCUCUCCUUCUGCGUGGGGGGUGGGAGUCAGAGAGGGGGGUAA